AUGAAGAAGAGCGACGAAACGCAAGAAGACUCGCUUGAUCAACAAGAAAGUCGUCGUCAUCUUCACCAAAUCCUCUUAUCGAAGAUAUUCAAAUCUCACAGAUUCUUCCAAACCCUCGUCUUGUACUCGUUCCUUAUAGGUUUCGGAUUCGGACUCGGCUUCAUGCUCAACUUCCACAUCAGAAACGUCUCUUUCGGUCCCCAAAUCUUUCGUCUAGCUUCUCUUUCCUCCACCUCCUCUUCUUCUUCCUUCUCUCCACCGCUUCAACCGCCGCCAGAAAAAUGCGUUUCCGUAAAAGAAGGGUCGAUUGCGACUGAUCAUGACGACGACGAAGCGCUGAAGGGUUAUUCUCUGACGGAGCCGGAGAACGUGAUGCAUAACAUGACGGAGGAGGAGCUCAUGCGUCGUGCGGCGUCGUCGACGAAGAUUCAAGAAACGCCGUUGAAGAUGACGAAGAAAGUGGCGUUUAUGUUCUUGACGAGAGGGAAGCUUCCUUUGGCUAAACUGUGGGAGAGAUUUUUCCAAGGCCAUCAAGGUCUUUUCUCCGUUUACAUUCAUACGAGUGACCCGUAUUACGUUGACGACGAUGUUCCCGAGACGUCGCCGUUUUAUCGCCGGAGAAUUCCUAGCAAGGAAGUGGAAUGGGGAAUGGUGAGCAUGGUGGAGGCUGAGCGGCGUCUAAUAGCCAACGCUCUACUCAACGUCGCAAACCACCGCUUCGUCCUCCUCUCGGAGUCGGACAUUCCUCUCUUCAACUUCUCCACCAUUUACUCCUACCUCAUAAACUCUCAACACUCUUACGUUGACCUCUACGACCUUCCCGGACCAGCCGGUCGCGGCCGUUACAACCGCCGUAUGUCCCCACUCAUCAACCGUCGCAACUGGCGAAAAGGUUCUCAGUGGUUUGAAAUCGACCGUGAAGUAGCUUCAGCGGUCGCCGCGGACACCACUUACUUCCCUCUUUUCAAGAAACAUUGCCGUUGGGGUUGUUACGCAGACGAGCAUUACUUGCCGACGUUUGUCCACGUCAUGUUUCCGGGGAAGAACGCGAACAGGUCGCUGACGUGGACGGAUUGGUCACGGAGAGGCCCGCAUCCGAGGAAGUACACGCGGCGGUUUUUGACGGCGCAGUUUUUUGGGAGGUUGAGGAAUAGAGAAGAAGGGUGUGUGUAUAAUGGGAAGAAGAGCAAGCAGUGUUACUUGUUCGCUAGGAAAUUCGAUGAUGGUUCUUUAGAUAGGUUGAUUCAUUUUGGUCAAAAGAUUAUGGGAUUUUAG